ACCUUCCUCCCAAUCCAUUCCCCUCCCAAAAAUCGAAUCCCUGCUCCCCUGCUUCGGCUUCGCCUUUGGAGGCAAAGUUAUCGCAAUCUCACAGUGCUGAUCAAUCAUCCUUAUGGAUUCGGGCAUUUCUUGGCCCAUAAGCACCCUCCUCCUUCACACGCUUUGCUAGUCGAAGCAUGCCAUGGCUGCCCAUUCCUUUACUUCUUUUCCAACGCUAGGCUUUAGGUAGCGCGUCUCGUCCUAGCAACGUACAGUAGCUCCCAAGAGACCAAACCAUCUUGGUUUUUAUCUCUGAAUCCUUCUUACUUGCACGCCUGUACUGCACGCACUCCUUGCUCCUGUCCUCUCAUCCUUCUCUCCUGAUCACUGUCCAGCUUCUCUCUCUCUCUGGUGUCGUCUGACGAACCCUCGCCGCGCCGUGCAUUCUCCAGUGGACAGCCAUUCUUCCAGCACAUGUCUUUUUUUCUCAUAAAGAAAGUGUAGGGGAACUCUGCCUUGGGCUGACUGGAGCAAAGAAUAUUUUCCACUCCUUUGAUCAAAGAAAGGUAUAUUGGGAUUACAUAGAAGGAAAAAAGUUUCUACGACGACAACGAAGGCGGGGCGAAAAGCUUAAUCCAAGAGGGCAGAGGCAAGAUGUUCAACAUAGUCUCGACAUGGAACAAGAAGAGGAGAAGCAAAUCACUUGAUCAGUUAAAUCCUUGGGUGUACAAGACAGCCGAGCUGUGGCAGGUGAAGGAGCAAGGCGCGCCGCUGCCCCUGCCCGCGCCGAGGAAGCGCAACUGCUCCAUGGUGUUCACUCUCAAGGAGAUGGAGGAGGCGACCGGCAGGUUCGGCGACAAGAAUCUCGUCGGCAAGGGCGGCUUCGGCCGGGUUUACAGAGGCGUGCUGAAAGAUGGGCAGAUCGUUGCCGUCAAGAAGAUGGACCUGCCGCUGUCGAAGCAGGCCGACGGCGAGCGCGAGUUCCGCGUCGAGAUCGAUAUCCUGAGCAGGCUAGACCACCCCAACCUCGUCACCCUGAUCGGCUACUGCGCCGAUGGGAAGAACCGGUUCGUGGUGUACGAGUUCAUGCCCAAGGGCAACCUCCAGGACAUCCUCAACGGCAUCGGGGAGAUGAGGCUGGAUUGGGGGAAGCGGCUGCGGAUCGCGCUGGGAGCAGCGAGGGGACUGGCGUACCUACACUCCAGCACAGCCGUCGGCGUCCCCGUCGUCCACCGGGACUUCAAGUCCAGCAACAUCCUCCUCACCGAGCACUUCGAGGCCAAGAUUUCAGACUUCGGGCUGGCCAAGCUAAUGCCGCAGGACCUGGACCUGUACGCCACCACCAGGGUGCUGGGCACCUUCGGCUACUUCGACCCUGAAUACGCUCUGACGGGGAAGCUGACGCUAGAGAGCGACGUGUACGCGUUCGGCGUCGUCCUCCUGGAACUGCUCACCGGCCGCCGCGCCAUCGAUCUCAGCCAGGGCCCUCAGGACCAGAACCUCAUCGUCAAGAUACACCAGAUGGUGGGCGACCGGAAGAAGCUGCGCAAGGUGGUGGACAGGGACAUGGGCAAGGGCUCCUACACGAUGGAGUCGGUGUCCAUGUUCGCCGCCCUCGCCGCGCGCUGCGUCUGCUUCGAGAGCGCCGGCAGGCCGGCCAUGAAGGACUGCGUCAAGGAGCUCCAGCUCAUCAUGUACGCCAACAUGAAGAUAUGAGCGUGUUUUGAGAUUGUUCGUUGAUCGUAGCUGCCAUCAUUGUUUGGUUCGUUCGAUCUUGCGGCUUCUGCUCGAGGAUGAGGAAGAUGAAGAAGACGGUGAUAUAUACUUGUACAGAGUUUUCGUAAUUUUUCGUUGCGCCGGCCGGACGUUCUUGUGGAUGGUGGUAGAGAUUCGUUUCAAAGUCCUGAAAUCACAGGGCCUUAAUUUCUGAA